AUGUGGAGAAACUUGGCUAAACAAGUUGCUUCGAGAAAGACCAAUCUCUCCUCCCAAUCUCAUUUUAGUUCCCCUUCUUCUACUUCUAUGAUAUUUUCUCAAGAAUCGAGCUUUCUCGAGAAGGCCAGGCAUUUCGAGGCUCGGAAAUGCAUAAAUAAUCGGAUUUUGGCAAUGGGUUUUCGUCAAGUUGGUGAUAUGGCUUCUCAAAAGGACGAAUUGGGCAGAUGCAGUUCACUGAAUCCAAGUUGCCCUUAUGGCAUUUCUGGGUUUUGCAACUACGCCAAAGGCUAUGCCAGCGUUGCCGAGGCCAUUGCUUCGACGGAUGGCGAGGAGGACUCGUCGGGGUCUGAAGAAAUUCAGGAAAUGUUGGAGGAUUUGAUCAGAGAAAACAACAUGGUGGAGUCCCAUUUCAAGCAGCCAAAGAGAGUGGUGGUUGGUAUGGGAGUAGGAAAGUACAAUCUUCUUCGGAAGAGGCAAAUAAAACUGGAGACGGAGGCUUGGCAAGAGGCGGCCAAAGAGUACCAAGAGCUUUUAGCGGACAUGUGUGAGCAGAAGCUAGCACCCAAUUUGCCAUACAUCAAGUCAUUGUUUCUUGGUUGGUUUGAGCCUUUACGAGAUGCCAUUGCGGCGGACCAAGAUUCCUGCAAGCAACCUAACAGUAGACAGAGUCAUGCUCCCUACUUUGAUCACUUACCCGCCGAUAAGAUGGCGGUUAUUACAAUGCAUAAGUUGAUGGGGCUAUUGAUGACAAAUAAUGGUGGAGUAGGCAGUGUCAGGGUAGUCCAAGCUGCUUGUGCGAUAGGUGAAGCCAUUGAGCAUGAGGUUAGGAUACACAGAUUUUUGGAGAAGACAAAGAAGAAGAAGAACACUACUGAUAAGAAGGCUGAAGCUGAUUCUGUUCCUGUGACCGAUGAACAAGAGAAACUGGCCGAUGAACAAGGGAAACUGGCCGAUGAACAAGAGAAACUUAGGAAAAAGGUUAACAAACUAAUAAAAAGGCAGAAAAUGCAGCAAGUUAGAGGAAUUGUGAAAGAACAAGAAGACUUGAAGCCAUGGGGUCAGGAAGCCCAUGUUAAGGUUGGCUGUCGAUUGAUUCAGUUAUUGAUGGACACGGCUUAUAUACAACCUCCAGUUGAUCAAAUAGGAGAUGGUCCACCUGAUAUACGCCCUGCAUUUGUACAUAACCUUAAGACUAUUACUAAAGACACACAGAAGACCAGUAGGAGAUAUGGCGUUAUAGAGUGCGACCCAUUAGUUCGCAAAGGCAUGGACAAAACUGCAAGGCACAUGGUCAUGCCUUAUAUGCCUAUGUUGGUUCCCCCUAUUAAUUGGACCGGGUAUGACAGAGGAGCAUAUUUAUUCUUACCGUCCUAUGUAAUGCGAACUCAUGGAGCGAAACAACAACGCGAAGUUGUUAAAAGGACUCCUAGAAAGCAAUUAGAACCUGUUUUUGAGGCCCUGGAUACUCUUGGAAGUACCAAAUGGAGGGUAAACAAAAGGGUACUUGGUGUGAUAGACAGGAUAUGGGCUAGCGGAGGCCGUCUUGCUGACUUGGUUGACCGUGAAGAUGUUCCUUUACCUGAAGAACCAGACACAGAAGAUGAGGCAGAAAUCAGAAAAUGGAAGUGGAAACUUAAAGCUGCAAAGAAGGAGAAUAGUGAGAGGCACUCACAGCGGUGUGAUAUAGAACUUAAACUUGCUGCAUCUCGAAAGAUGAAGGAUGAGGAGGGCUUCUACUACCCGCACAACCUCGAUUUCCGAGGGACGGCAUCUUGGAAAGUCAGGCUUACGCUGGUUGAAGAUACAUUUGGCUAA